CAUUAUUACCCCAGUAACAGUAAACAAGUUGCGCCAUGAGUAUAACUAACCAUCUGGAAACAGACCUCGGCUUAUAGUGUCCACUGGCUGGGACGCACAGAAACAAGGGUUAAAACUCUAAAAUGGAAAAGAUCACACACGAGCUUGAAGAUCCCAUGUUGAACCUUGUGUCCAACUUAAUGGACAAGACCGUGAAUGAAAACGAAUUGAUUAAGUUUUUAGAGAAGAAUAAGGGGAAGCGCAAAGGCGAAAAGGCGAUCAACAAAGAAAGACUAGUAAGCUAUAGAUUUACUGAUGCGGAGAAGAACAAACGUGAUACAUUACUAGCGUCAGAUUCUGGAGAGUCGCUGCUUCAUAUUGCCGUCAGCUGUAGGAAGAAUGAAGUUGCGAAGUAUUUAAUUGCUUGUGAUCCAGGAUUAAUCAACUGUGAGAGGAAGGACGAUGAGUAUCGUGGACAGACGCCAUUCCACAUUGCCAUUGCCAUGGCCAUGGAUAAUCAACAUCCACAAUCUCUUCCGGAAUGCAUGAUUGAUGCACUGAUAAAGGAAGAUGAGAAGGAAAUUAAUGAUAAAAAAAAUCAUAGUUUGCUCAAAAAGGCGAUGGGAAGUAAAGUUAGAGGAAAGAAAUUAAGAGGCACUGUGAUGUUAGGAGGGACACCUUUGUCCAUUGCUGCUUUGAACAAUGAUGUGAUGAUGGUGAACCAUCUCCUUGACAAUAACGCUGAGCUGCACGAUUCAGAUAGUGUUGGCAAUACAGUUUUUCACUCUCUGGUCCUGUACGCAUCUUUCAAUCCAGACAAAGAGAGGGACAUCAUCAACAUGUUUGAUAUUUUAGCAAAAAGAGACAAAAAGCGGCAAAAUGUACAACUAGAAAAUAAACAAAAUCAAACAGCUCUCCAUCUUGCUGCCGUGUUGGGUCUGGCCAACGUGUUUGAACACAUCCUUGGUAUGGAAGAUGUAUACAAGUUCUUCACUAGCCAUGACGGCGUUUUUGAUAUCUACGAAUGUGAUGUAACAGAGAUUGACAAGGGAACUUGGGAUAAAGCUAUUCUUCAGAUGUCGCCUGACUUCAUGAACACAGGACACAGAGCCGAGGGGCUGGCAAACGGCAAAGUGGAAUGUCCAGUAGUGACCUAUUGGAAGCAAUUUAGACGAAGCACAAACCAAAGUAUUUUGGAAAUCAUAUGCAGUUUGAAGACAGAGAAGGCAUGUAAUUUUCUGAAAGUCUACACUGUCCGAGAAGUGGUGUACUUAAAGUGGGAGAAGUACUGGCAUUGUUACUAUGUCGGCCUGCUUCUUCACUUAUUGCUAAUGAGUACACUCACCUACCAUUCUGAACGCAAAACUUUUGUCAUCCGCAAAGCUGGAGCAAACCAUAUGGAGACCUGGAACUUCAAGGCUUGGAAUGGCGUCUCAUUGGUCAUAAGCCUCCUUUAUAUAAUUCUAGAAUUUCUUCGGAGUUUUGUUUCAUGGCAACCUUUUCAUUUUACAAUACUGCAUCACAAUGGAGUAUACCGAUGUAUAUUUGUGCUGUUUGGUUUUGCGUUACUGAUUGACAUGGCGUGGAAUGCUGAAACUGUUACAAGUAAUUACUGGCUGGUGAUAGCAUUGAUCUUUGGUUGGUGGUCAACAACGUUCUUCCUGCGAGGAAUCCGACAGUUCAGCUACAUAACAGUUAUGUUACAGAAGGUCCUCUUUGCGGAUAUGUUGAAAUUUGUACCAAUCAUUUUCAUAAUGAUUUUAGCAUUUACUAGUGCAAUGCACUAUUCCAUGUCGAUGGCGGAGGGUCCGCCUGGAAACUCAACAAGGGAGAACUCAACAGGUUGUGAUGAAAACUCAGAUUUUGGGAACUUCACUAUCAGUCUAAUGACGAUGUUUAAAAUGAUGACCGGUCACGAAGAGAUAAAAGGGCUUGAGCAAGCAUGGCGGCAUGGAUCUGUCCCACUCUUUGUCCUUUCUGUGAUAGUCAUCCAGAUGUUCCUCCUCAACAUCCUCAUUGCUAUAAUGUCAAAAACAUGUGACAACUGCGAGAAUACAGAUGAACUGCUGUGGCUACAGAGAUUGUCCAUUGUCUUAUUCAUUGAAGAUAUGCUACCUAAAUGUCUGAGGACGCCCAUCGGGAAAGAGGAAAAGACAGAUUAUGGCAGUACGCGAUAUCUUCUUAAAAUUGAUCGUGUGCGAGUUGGAGACGCUUUAUCCGAAGAUACGUUUGAACACACUGUCACGUCGAAGGCUGUUAGAUCACUGCACAACCUACUGAACAAAACAAAGGUAGGGGAGGAAAUGACAAUCGGUAGCGACAGAGCCAAACCUGUCCAGUAUCUAGUUAUUGAAGACUAUGGGAGAAGAAAAUAA